GAGGCUCUGACAGGAAAGGAAGUGCCUUAGGCCACCUCACCUACAAGGGGUGGCUCAGAAGGCUUCUGGUCUGCUUCCUGGUUGGUCAUGGAAACCACAGCCAGGCUGCCAGGAAGACCUUGUUCCCCUUACUUGGGGCUGUUGACGUGGCCACUGUGACAAACACGAGACCAGCAGGGCCAGCCUCCCGGUGGCCCCACCCUGUGCGCCUGUAUUGAAAGCACCAUGGGCUCCAUCUGCACACUCAGGACCAGAUUGGGAAGACACCAUGACCCGCAUGCUCAGGGCCCUGCUCUGCCUCGGGCUGAGUGUGGGCCUCAGGACCCCAGUGCAGGCAGGAUUCUACAGCAAACCCAGCCUCUCAGCCCUGCCCAGCCCUGUCGUGACCUCAGGAGAGAACGUGACCCUCCAGUGUGGCUCAUGGCAGGGAUUUGGCAGGUUCCUUCUGACUAAGGAAGGAGAUCAAAGGUUCUCCUGGGCCCUGGUCUCACAGCGACAGCCCAGUGGGCAGUCCCAGGCCCUGUUCCUUGUGGGACCUGUGACCUCCAGCCACAGGGGGAUGUUCAGAUGCUAUGGCUAUUACAGGAACAGCCCCAUGGUGUGGUCACUCCCCAGUGAUUCCCUGGAGCUCCAGGUCUCUGGUGAGCAGCUCUGUCCUGUCUUCUCUGGGCCCCCAGGUCAUCUCUGUCUCUGUCCCCAGCAAUGUCUGAGAUGUGAUGGCAGUAGUGGGAGGACUGCGUGGUUCCACAGAGGAGGGUCAUCCGUGAAAGCGUGGACACUGAUGGGGACCUCCCUCCUCUGGGACAGCCUUGCCCUUCAGUUUCAGCCAGGCCUGAGGAAGGGAGGAGGUGGCACUACUCCAGUUCAGCUAAGAGGAAGUGAGAUUUGACUGAAGUGACCAGACAGAGGCUCCGCCCCCCGACUUCUGGUGGCUCCGCCUCAGACCAAAGCAUCACUGCUCACAGAGGGACAUCCCACAGGCAGGACCCCCAAAAAUGGGGCUGAGUGUGUGUGGGCUCAGCUCUCCGGGGAGGUGAAGUCUGAGAACUUUUCCCUCGGAACCGGGGGGCUGCCUGCCAUGACCUGCAGGGGCGCUUUCAUUCCUGACUUCCUGGGGCACCUGACACCUGGCUUGUCCUAGACGUACUCCAGGUCAGCCCUGUCUGUGCCUGUCCUGCUGCUCCCAGUCACUGCAACCUUGUAGGGACUGAAAAGCUGAGGGAGACAGGGGGAAGGUGCACUGAGUAUCCACCAGGCCUGGGGCUCAGCUCAGCAAGAGGGGCCACACAAUGUUAUGGAGACACCAAAGAUUUGGAAACUCCCACUUAGCAUGUCAGCUCCUCCUGGUUCCACACAGAAUCUGUGGGGUUUUUCCACCAAAAGCCAUAGUUCACCUGGUGUCCAGUCUCUAAGCAGAAUGGAGAGUCUGUGGGCUGGGAGAUGGAGCGGGGGCAGCAUUUGGUGCCCAGGCCUGGCUUGUAGCACAAGCACAAUGGCUGGGCCA